AUGAGUUUGCCCGAAACCGUAGAUUUUGCCCGUAAAUUCGCUGCCAUGGUCAGAAUCCAAGGCCCUGACCCAAAAGGACUAAAGAUGCGAAAACAUGCUUUUCACCAAUACAAUUCUGGCAAGACAACACUUUCAGCUUCUGGAUUCUUAUUACCUGACGCCCUUUAUGAUGCUGACUUGGCUAACCGGAUUUUGGAGCGUAAAAGCCAGGGUCUUGGGUUGGUAGUCACAGUCGCUUCUGUUAUUGAGCCUUUUUUGUCAUCAAAACAUAGAGAGAGCAUUUCUCAGGGUCGACCCGAGUUGAUUCCUGAUGCUCAAAUUGAUGUUAUGGUAGAGGGAAAGUUGGAUUUGAGGAAAGAUGCAGAUGGGGGUUUGGAUAAAGGAGCCUCUUGCUGGCUCAGCGCACAAGUUAUUAGAUUGGUUGAUGUUCCUGUAUCUUCCCUUGCUCUUCAAUCGCUUGUUGAAGCUUCUUCAGGUUCAAUGGACCAUGGAUGGGAGGUUGGUUGGUCUCUAGCCUCACAUGAGAAUGGUCCUCAGCCUUUUAUGGAUGUUGUCCAGACACAGACUGAGCAUGGAAAUGCAUCUGUUGCUGAGAGCCAGAGGAGUGCAAGAGUAGAAUCUAGCAAUCCAAGCAUUAUGGGCAAGUCGAUCACUAGAGUUGCUAUUCUUGGUGUUUUCUUACAUUUGAAGGAUCUGCCCAACUUCAAAACAUCGGCAUCAAGUAGAAGGGGAGAUUUUCUUUUAGCAGUGGGUUCUCCUUUUGGUGUCCUCUCUCCUGUUCACUUCUUUAACAGCUUGUCAGUGGGAUCCAUUGCCAACUGCUAUCCUCCUAGAUCAUCAGACAUAUCAUUGCUGAUGGCUGACAUUCGGUGUCUUCCAGGAAUGGAAGGUAGUCCUGUUUUUGGUGAAAAUUCAAAUUUCAUUGGAAUAUUGAUUAGACCAUUGCGGCAGAAGAGUAGCGGUGCUGAAAUCCAGCUGGUGAUUCCGUGGGAAGCCAUUGCAACUGCUUGCAGUGACUUGCUGCUGAAGGAGCCUCAAAAUAUGGAAAAAGGGAUUCAUAUUAAUAAGGAAAACUUAAAUGCUGUAGGGAAUGCAUACAGCUCUAAGUCAGAUGGACCCUUCCGUUAUAAGUACAAGCAUCAUAAUUCUUAUUGCCCUUCACCACUGCCAGUUGAGAAGGCCAUGACUUCUAUUUGUCUUAUUACCAUUGAUGAAGCUGUAUGGGCAUCAGGGGUUCUGCUUAAUGAUCAAGGUCUGAUACUCACAAAUGCUCACCUGUUAGAACCUUGGAGAUUUGGGAAAACAACUGUAAAUGGUGGAGAAGAUGGAACCAAAUUGCAGGACCUUUUUAUUACACAUGAAGAAUUUCCUAGAUACAGCGAAGUUGAUGACUAUGAGAAGAUUCAGAGGCUGCCCCCAAAGACACUCAACAUUGUGGAUUCUUCUGUUGCUGAUGAGAGCAAGGCAUACAAACUGAGUUUGUCUUACAAAGGCCAUAGAAAUAUACGUGUUCGUUUGGAUCAUGCUGACCCUUGGAUUUGGUGUGAUGCUAAAGUAGUGUAUGUUUGUAAGGGACCUUUGGAUGUUGCCCUUCUGCAGCUUGAACAUGUUCCAGAUCAGCUUUGCCCUACCAAAGUGGAUUUCGAAUAUCCAUCUUUGGGAUCAAAGGCGUAUGUUAUUGGACAUGGACUAUUUGGACCACGAUGUGGCUUUUCCCCCUCUGUUUGCUCUGGAGUGGUAUCAAAAGUAGUCAAAGCAAAGGCACCCCCAUAUUGUCAAUCUGUUCAAGGAGGGGAUUCACAAGUUCCAGCAAUGCUUGAAACAACAGCUGCUGUCCACCCAGGUGGUAGUGGUGGUGCUGUUGUUAAUUUAGAAGGUCAUAUGAUUGGAGUUGUUACCAGCAAUGCAAGGCAUGGUGGAGGAACAGUUAUACCGCAUCUGAACUUCAGCAUUCCAUGUGCAGUUUUGGCACCUAUCUUUGAUUUCGCAAAAGAUAUGCAGGAUAUUUCACUUCUGCAAAAUCUUGACCAGCCUAACGAACACCUUUCUUCGGUAUGGGCAUUAAUGCCACCACUCUCCCCUAAGCCAAGCCCUCCUUUGCCUACAAUCCUGCAAGAUAAUGAAAAACAAGUGAAGGGUUCUAAAUUUACCAAAUUCAUUGCUGAAAGAGACAAGCUUUUCAGAGGGUCGACUCAACUAGGCAAGGCAGAUAGCAUUUCAAAUCUGAGUUUUCCCAGUAAGUUAUGA